UUAGAAGAACGGUCACGUGGUUCCACAGCCGACAGUGUGUCCGGGUCUGCUUGCUUCUGAGAGCAGAGGUCCCACCGAUGACUGCUGAUAGUAGAACCGAACCGAACCGGAAGCGUGUGGGUCCGUCAUGUCCCGACGGAGAGGCGGUAAAACUCUGAUCAUCGCAGACGAUGAGGAGGAGCAGCAGCAGCAGCCGGAGGAGCUGAACCCGUUCUCCUUCAGAGAGUUUCUGCGCUGCAAGGACCAGGACCGGGAUCAGAACCAGGACCGGGAUCGGGACCAAACACGUGGGAAGGAGAAGGAGGGGGGGCGGAGCUUACAAACAGGCGCUGACAUCAUCUCCUCUCUCUACACUGAGGAGAAAGAGGAGACCAGCAGGUUCUGCUCCAGACAAGAGCGAGACGCUGCCAGUGGAGGAGAAGGAGAGACCAACGAAGGAGAUGAAGGGACCUCCAUGAGUGGAACAGCCCCCACCUGCAGAGGGCAGAGUGGGAGCAGCAGUCACAUCCAGCAGCUGAAGGGGGAGAACAUCUCCCUGAGGAGAACCAUCAGGGAGCUGCAGAGAAGCGCAGAAGUCGACCGGCACAGGCUGGCGGAGCUGUCGGAGGAGUUGCUGCAAAGGAGGCGUCGGGAGGAGAAGGAGGCACAGGACCUGGAGAGCAUGGUUCAGUCUGUGGAGCAGAACCUGCAGCUGAUGACGAGGCGAGCGGUGAAAGCAGAGAACAGCGUUUCCAGACUGAAGGCGGAGCUUCAGCAGCUCCAGGUGGAGGCGGAGUCUCUGAGAUCAGAGAACAACGGUCUGAAGGCAGCGGAGUCUCGGAUCAUCACGAAUAUGAGACAGAACGCUCAGGCGGCUUCAGAGUACCUGGAUAAGACGGCGAACCACGCCCACUCCUCCAUCCAACAGCUCCUCAGUGAGGCGGAGACGCUCCGUUUGGUUUCUCAGCUCCUGCAGUCCAUUGAUAGGAUCUCCUCCAUCCACACAGACACCUGACCUCUUCCAGAACACCUGAGGACAAAGGGAGACGUUGUCAUGGAAACACAGGGGUCAGAGGUCAGCAGUUCUGGGCCCCAGUAACUGUGGACUGGCAUUAUCACCUCGGGGCUUUGGGUCUUCCAGCUGUUUGGACUUCAAGACAAAUAAGCCCUCAAUAAAGAUGUGUGCCCUCUUGUGGCCAAAUAAAGCACUGCACCGGCACGUCAGACCAGUUACAAACGUCCAACCUCUGGACUCUGAUCCACGUUCGAUCCGUUCGGAUCAUUAUUAGAUAAACAAACCUCCCACAUGUCCGUAACUUAACUUGUGCUUUUCGAUUCAGGUUCCAAAAUACCAAGAGUUAGUACAGGUGUGUUCAGGAAACACUCUGGUUCCCCCACUGGAUCAGUGAAAGGGUUCCAGACUUUCUUUGGAUUUCAUGACAGGAAGUAAACGUUGCUUCUACCAGCUGCUCCGGAGAAACUGAAGGCUGUGUGUGAGCUGGUGAAGUCUGUUACCAUAGUGAGAAGGAACUCUGGAAUGAGGACUGACCAAUGCUAGAUGGAGGUAGAGUUCUCUAAUGACUUCGGGAGCAGGAGCAAUGUGGCUCUGGUACUGGCUGCAGAAUAGUAGACCAGCUCUUGAGCCUUGCUUACGUGCUGUAGGGGUAAGGGAGUUUGCCCAACCAGUCCACACGUGUUUAUAUAGAUUUGGGGACAGCUUAUGACCAAAUGCCCAGGGGCGCUGUAGGAGGAAGCCAGGGAGCAGGAGGUGAAUGGCCCUCUCUCAAGGGCCAUUCAGUCCAGGUAGAAGAGAGGGGAUAAAGUUUAAAUGAAGACCUGAAGUGACAUGGCCCCAUCUCCUCAGUCUGACCAGGACUCUAUACCAUAACGCUUGAUCACUAGAGCGCCCUUAGCACAGCAUUACAUGACAUAACCCUAACCCACACAGACAAAAUAGUCAAAUGACAUAAAAUAAAUGAAAAAGAACAAAAUUUGCCACAAAAUUCUAAUCUACAGAUUUAAAAUUGAACAACCAAGGUGGAAAGAAAGAUGUCAAAGCGUGAGUGAAUUCUUUAUGGUUUCGGAGGUAAAGGCCAGGGAGAAGUUGCGUGUUUUCAGGCGUGAUUUAAAAGCAGCAGCAGAGGGCGCUUGCCUGACCUGGAGAGGUAGUGAGUGCCACAGUUUUGGGGCACAGGUAGAAAAAGCCCCUACCCGGCGGGUCGUUAAAAGUGCCUCAGGGAUGGUGAGGAGGAGCUGCAGACCUCAGAGCAUGAGGGUGGUAGAAAUGGAGGAGAUCGCUCAACAGCCGGACUGUCCAACGAUUUGAAUACAAGAAGCAGAAUUUUGAAAUUGAUCCUGAACUGAACGGCACCAGUCAGGAGCGUUGCUGCUGUAUUCUGGAUGAUCUGAGCUCUGGGUGGGCUGGAGUCUCCGAAGACUUUGGCUUGAGAUAAUAAUAAUUGAUUUUAUUUUUAGGCGCCUUUCAUGAGACUCACCUUAAAGUAAGACAAGAAAGAAGGGGUGUUGUAGAGAAAUAGAGCUGGGUGUCGUCUGCAUAGCAAUGGAAAUUUAUAUUAAAUUUAUGGAAAAAUUUUCCAAGAGGAAGAAGAUAGAUAAUAAAUAGAAGAGGCCCCAGGACAGAACCUUGGGGAACACCAGAUGUGACAGGAGUGGACACGGACUAAGCCGUGAUUGUAAUUGAACAAACUGAGUACGGUUAAACCAGUUUAAAGGAGUGUUUGUGAUUCCAAUAGUUUCCAGUCUGUCCAGGGAUCACAAUCAGAGGUCAUAAUCCCGACUGGAGGACACUGUAGCGAUGUUUAAGCCAGUUCUUCCUCUACAGCAACUCCAUCACAGCAAGAGGACUUGGUUCUCAGGUUGUUCAUGGAUUCAGAAUGUCUUGGCUGUGCAGGGGGAGGGUCUCCUCUGAAUCUGGGAAAGUCAGCAACAUUUCUUCUGUCUCACUCACCUCAGAGCAGAGUUCUGGGAACAUCUGAGUCCGGAGGAGUAAGGCAGAGCCUCGAUCCCGUUUCAGCCCGAUUAACCCAAAACCCUCAGAAGGGUCACUUCUCUGAUUGGCUUCACAGAAAGUAAAACAGCAUAAAUCAGCUGAUGGGCUGGAGUCAUCUGAGCCGUUUAGGGGAACUUACAGUCAGCUUUCGCUCUGACAGCAGAAGAUCAAAGACAUCUGCUUUCACACGACCAAUUCAGGAAGAGACGUUCUGCUGAGUUCACCUUUGGUUUUGAUCCCACAUGACCUGCAGUGACCUUUGUAGAUGAAAAAAUAAAAUGAGAACUUUC